CAGAGAGAGGCAGAGUGAGGCAGAGGCUCAGCGCAGUGUAUGGAAGUAGCUGAGCCGGCUGCAGUCAUGAUCCUCCGGGCGCUGGGUUUCCUGCCGGUGCUGCUCCUGUCCUACCUGGGCGAGGCGAAGCAGAGGGACUUCUACACCUUUAAGGUGGUGAACAGCAGAGGGAGAUUAGUGUCUCUGGAGAAGUACCGGGGCUCGGUGUCCCUGGUGGUGAACGUGGCGAGUGAGUGCGGCUUCACGGAGGAGCACUACACGGAUAUGCAGCAGCUACAGCGCGAUUUCGGCCCGUAUCACUUCAACGUCCUCGCCUUUCCCUGCAAUCAGUUCGGUCAGCAGGAGCCGGGCAGCGACAAGGAGAUCGACAACUUCGUCCGGCGAGUUUACGGCGCCUCCUUUCCGAUCUUCAGCAAGAUCGCUGUGGUGGGGACGGGUGCCAACAACGCCUUCAAAUACCUCGCAGAGGCCUCUGGGAAGGAGCCUGAUUGGAAUUUCUGGAAGUAUCUGAUAGAUGUCGAUGGGAAGGUUGUGGGCUCAUGGGGUCCCAAAGUGUCGGUGAAGGAGAUUCGGCCUCAGAUUGCAGACAUGGUGCGGAAGCUCAUCAUCAAGCGAAAGGAGGAGCUGUAACGGAGCAGGCCUGAACAGAUCCGCUCCACAGAUCGGAGCCAGUGCACGUCAAUGGGUCGCCCCUGGAAACAUGAUAAACUCCGCCCCUCAGCACGUCCCUUCAGACCUUUCACUAACAUACCAACACAUCACCCCAUGAGCAUCACCUUACUGUGUACAGCACUGUGCAAAAGCCUGUUUCACACAUACUGCCUCACUGCCCCUGAGCUCCGUGAGCGAAGCGGAAUGCCUUGCUUUUUCAUUUCGGUCUCAUUACAGAGGUUAGAGCGUUCACUCAGCAUGGUGGGUCCCAGAUGCAGUACAGCGUUUGGGAAAUAGUCGUUGAGCCGAUGUUUUUCCCGAAAUACAGGGCAAUAAGCUGUGAAAGCCACUGAAAACCAAAGAAAAACAUAAAAGAAUGCAAAUUCUGCAAAUACCAUCAUCAAACAAAAAGUCCGAGAGCUGGGUUAACAGAAAAAAACUGUUAGUUAACAAUAAAAGUGUGUUUUCUCAAUGAUGGCAAAAAUCUGUAAAAUUACAGUCGUUUCAUUUUUUUAGAAAACUAUAUUUCGAUGGUUUCACUACUUGUGACUACUGACAUACAGUAUUUUACCGUCACAGUAACAGUAACAACCACUAAAAUAAAGGCAACUGUCUGUAAACUAAAGGUGAUCAUUUGUUUUUGUAAAUUUACAGCCUAUUUCUGUAAAUUAACAGCAACAGUGUUAAAAUACAGUAUAGGUACGGUUUAUUUACAUGCAUUUAAGUUUUUUCGAUAAAUGGGUAUUAACCAUUCAUUUUAGAGUACUCUGUGAAAAUAUUCUUUUUUACAGUGUAGCUUAACAUUUCAAAGUAACUGAUUGGACAACUGAUCCAUUUGAAAUGUCUGUAGAAUUUGCUUUCAUUUUGCAGCACAAACGCUGUGAAACAUCUGAACAAAUGGUCUGUAAAUCUUUUAAUCUGGGCAGUAAACAUUUGUUUGUUAAAACACUUCCAUUAGAAUUCAAACAAAUAAAUAAAUAAACAGUUUUGAUUGUCCUGUAUGCAAGAGUGUAGGUUUAACCAUUUCCAAACCUUUCCUCAAGGAAGUCCAGUAUUUACAGCAAUACCUCCUUUACCUAAUCGAUCCUUCAUUAACUAAAUCAGGUGAGCUGUAUUCUUCCAACCAGAAUAUUAAGCCUUGCACAUUGAUAAUGUUGUACACAACAUCAUUACAAACAUCAUUCAUAAAAGAAACACAUCUUGGGAACGCUGCAUGCUAGAGACUUGGCUAGCAUUGUACUGUCUAAUGAGGGCUCUGGUGUGAUCAUAUCCUUUUCUGAGGUUUUGUAAUCCAGCCUUGAACUGCACUGUUUUUCGGAGACUUCGUAAAAUAAAUUCAUAAAAUUAUGUCUUUUUACGAAUCCAACAUUUUUUACGAAUCCGAUUGUUUUCUGUGAUUAUUUAUCCACUUCUCUGUGUUGAAAAGAGGUUGUUGUUAGCAUGGCUGUUUGCCAUCCACUGAUGCCUUGAGUUGAGUCUGUUGACCAAUCAGAGAUUGUGGGCCUGACUUGCCAACCAAUCAAAGGCUGUGUUCCUGACUUGUCAACCAAUCACCGGCUGUGUUCCUGACUUGUCGACCAA